GCGCCAGCGCCACCUUCUUGUCAUUUACCCUCCGCAGCCCGGCGGGGCGUCCUCAGACGGAGCCGCUCUGACAACCGGGAAACAUUUGAGCUGACUUCCCGACAAACAUCUGCGUCGACGCUCUCACCCUAGUAAAGCUUCCUGACUACUUUUGCCUACUUUCCAGCAGAAAUGUUUCACCUGAAGUCUGCUGUCUCUGCUCGGUGAAAGUUUGGACUCGUAGAGGAAAUUAAGGCUGCAAAUGGAGAGAGAAGACGUCCGGAUCAUUGACAUUUAAAACGGGAAUAUUUCCAGAAAGUGGUGGGAUGUCAAACCGUGACUCUCUGGGCUUCGGGGAGCUGAUUCCCCACGAUGUGGUUGAGAUCUUUGCUCAAGAGAAGCACAGUAUUAAAGGGAGGAAAAAACGCAGUCACUCCCUGGGCCGGGCCUUGGGCUGGCUGAAGGGCAAGAAAAGGAAGGAUCUCAGAGCUAAAGGACAGAACCCGGGUCUUGGUCCUGCGUUGGACUUGGCUUUGGAUGGACACGUGGCUGCGCAUUCUAGUGGAAACAAAGGUGGACACAAAUCAGGAAGAUCGUCCCAGACUCAAGGAAACAGCCAUGCUGCGUUAAAUCUGCAUGAGGAUGACAAGACCUCGCCUCCGCCCCUGCUUCAGGAGAACGUGUUCAUUGAAGGUAGCAGGCCCAAGUACCUGGAGGACCUUCACAGUGAGGCCUUGGAAGGCUUGAAAAUGAUGCGGCAGGAAGAAACCAACACUGGAGUAGAUUUCCAAGAUAAUGAAAGCACAAUUUCGAUGAUGACGGUCCAGACAGACGGAGAGGGUGGGGGGUUUACGUCUGACAGCACCAUUCCAGACGCGGCCUCUGUGAAGUCGUCUGUGUCUUUGAGGUCUUCCCGCUCUGGACUCACCAGGCAAGAGUCAACAUUCAGGCCAUUAAGCUCUGGGAAACCGUCGGAAAAAGGCAGGACAAGACGACGACGCAGGAAGACGACAGGCAUUCCUCAGCAUGUUCAACGAGAACUAGGAUUGGACAGGAUGCCUUCAAAAUUUGAGAGAGAAGAGGGAUUCAACGAUGAAUGUGACAGCGACCAUCAAGGACCCCUAAGUGUGGAGCAAAUGACGACCAAUGCUAGUCAUGUGGAUGACCUGGCGCUGCUGCAACGAUUGGGCCCUGACUUGUUGGACGGGCAGAGGCCUCAGUCAGUGGCUUUUCCCUCCAUGACCACUGCCAACAGUCUCCAGCAGGAGAUGCCCUCCCCUGUAAUGUUAAUUUCUCCGCAGGCUACUUACAUGUCCAAAAUUAUCCCAAAUGCUGUUUUGCCACCAUCUAUUGAGGUGGUGGAGAUCAGCCGUGGCCAAAGUCGCAACAGCCUCCGCACUGUCAGCAAGAGUAGCCUGCUUUUGUCUAGCCCUUCCCCAUCCCGCACCUCCUGUAGAACUACUUCUUCCAAAGCCUCCAAAGGCACCUAUUCCUCCCACCACAACCCUUACAACUUGUCAGACACCUCCUGUUGGAGCCACUCUGAGUCCUCAGAGACUUUGGUGUCUGACUCUUCAACCAUCUCCAGCGGCAAUGCCUCUAGAAAGGAUAAUUCUCACGACAAUGAGACUUCCUCUAAAGUCACCUUCAAUGGCAAUCUCAGAAACAAGGAAAAUGAAGGCAAGAGGGAUGGGCAUUUUCGCAGCCUUUCCAUCAUGAAGCCUAAAAGGGCCCCGCCUCCCCCAAGCCGUUCUUAUUCUCUGCACAACAAGAUGAAGCGGCGGUCACGGGAUUUAGCAGAAGCGGUGGACAUUUUAAAGGAGUCCUCUCCUCAAAGUGUCUCAGCUUCAACUGGGGGAAAUGAUGAACCCGAAGCUUCUCCUGUUACAACCAUGGACAGUCCUGGCUACAAUGGGGACACCAGCUCGCUGGAGGACUCCACAGGUUCUGUGUUAUUUAACUUGUCAAAAUUACAACAGGCAAGUGAUUCGUCCAAGGCGGGAAAGAUAAUUUCUUCUUCACAAGGAAAGAGAGAACCACUGCAAGAUUCUAGCAAAAUAAUCUCCCCUUCCAGUGGCUACUCAAGUCAAGACUGCACAUCCCCGCAACUUCAGCCUGUUAGCUCCUCGCCGAAGCACAAAAGAGGGAUCCUAGCAAAGCUUCAAAGGUUAUUUCCCAGUUCCUCAGCUCCAUCCCCCCUCUCACAGUCUGAAACCCAUGAAAACAGCAAAUCCAUGAAGGAUAAGAUGUCUCAACAAGACAACGUGGAAUCUGCAAGCGUCAGCCCCUCUGUGAGGACCUUGCGAGAACUUUUUGACAUCCCUCCACAUCCCAAAGUCCAUGCACCUCCAGCUCCGCCUCCAGAAGUCUGGGCUCAUAACAAACGCACCUUUGAAUUGCUCCUGGGACCCCCAGCUCCGGACAAUGUAUAUGCCAUUAUAAAAAAGAAUCCAAAAGACAGAAGGCAACAAAGGCCAUCUCCUUGUGUGUCUAUAUCUGUGUCUACCGAGGGCUCUGUGAGGAGUUUAGCAGGAGAAAGAAAAGGGAACAAUCAGACGGUGGGGGCUAUGGCUGGAAUUGCACAUGCGCUAGAGACACAGAAAGUUGAAGAAAGUGCACUUUUGAAUGCGAAUGAGGUUCACCAAAUAAGCAACGAAAGACUGACUCAGAAAGUUGAUUUAGAAGGGAAUGGGAACGUGAACGAGAAUGAUGAAAAUGUACGAGUAAAUGACAUACUGAACGGAAUGUUAGUGAAGGCUGUAGAGAAACGUGAAGAAAGGCUAGCGGCGAAGAGAGACAAAGACACAACGUCAUCCACACAAUCAUCAGAAGUGAAGACUAAAGUGGAUGUUGUACAUGCCAUUUCAUUAAUACGCUCAACUCCAUCCCCAUCUCCUCCUCCGGCACACCUUCCUCCUGAGCCUCCUGGCAGACAGGUCAACAAUGCUGUGUCCUAUGACUCUUCCUGGCCCCCACCACCUCCACCAAUAAUACAAGUGGUGAGUGUGCCUGAUGAGAGAGAUUUCCCCCUGCCACCUCCACCCUUAAUUAGUGAAGGAGGGUUAAUUGCGCCCCUGCCGGCAUCGCCACCCAAGUCAGUACCUGCUGCAAUGAUAAUUACAGAGCUUCACUCCUCCAGUACCACUCCAUCUGUUGUUGUGGUCACAGAGCCUGAACUGCAGGGGUCUGGAACGUCACAUGUGGUUGCACCUCCGCCUCCUUCAAGUAUACCACCUCCGCCAUCGUACACAGCCCCUCCUCCGCCAUCGUAUGCCGCCCCUCCUCCACCAGUUACGGUUGUAACCCUUCCGACGAUUACAGAGGUCAUCUCUCCUCCAUCCAAAGAUGUCUCUUCUCCAAAACCUAAAAAGGGUUCCCCGCCACCCUCUAGAGAGGUUACAGCUGUGAUAGCUAAAGCUCCCUUGGUUCAAAUGCUCCAUUCUGCUAUAACAAGAAACAUCUCUCCACCUUUAGUCAAGGCUAAAGAGGAUCCCUCUACUGAGGUUGCUGAAACAAUCUCUGUUCAGUGUUCUGAGGUGGUUGCUCCUGCAUAUUCUCAAGAGAGUUGUUCUCUGUCUCCUGAAGAGGAAACCCCGGUUUCCAAUCUCUAUCCACCGCAAAGUAUUCCUCCUCCACCACCCCCUAUUGAACCCCUAAAGUUACUCCAACGUUCAUUGGAAGCGAAAAUGGCCCUUCAACAUGAGACCAUCUCAUCUGAGUCUCAAAGUGAACAGAUUUCAUGUAAUACAAUUCUCACUUCGCCUCAAAGUGUUCCACCGCCACCUUCCUUGGAACCCCUCCCUGCAUUUAAAGCUGCACCCCCAAACACUGAUGAGGUCCCUGCCAAUGAAACCCUUCCUUCGCUUCAGAAUGAAGCUAUCAUCCCUUCUUCACCAGAGAAGCCUGAGGAACUCACUUGUUCUCCACCUAAUGGCAUUCCUGUGCCACCACCUCUUCCCAUGGGGGGGCUGGACUCUCUUUUGCACCCGACCAGUCCUGUAAGCACAGCGAAAAAAAGCCCUGAGCCCUCAUCUCCUGUACAAGAAGAAUCUCUCCGUGUGGUAACCCCUUCCCUUCUGCAGAUGGUCAAACUGCGGCCUGUAAAAAGCAGCCCUGAACCUCCCAUAGCAGAGGAGCCAGCGAAAGAUAAGGACUUUUUGACAAUUCAACAACUCAAUGACCAAGUCCAAACAACCCUGCCCAUCAGUGAGGCUCCUCAGAAGCCCAUUAGAAGAUCCUUAAUCAUACUGACACCUUCUCCUACAGCCACAUCUCCACCCGCCUCCCUACCAACUCCACCCCAGUCCCAGUCGGUUGCUGUUCCACCUGCACCCACGGUCCUCAAGUCUCCAGUAAUCACAAGCCCUCCCUCCAUGAACCUACAGGAGGCCAUACGUAUGAGGACAGCUGCCAGGUCAAAAGACAGCUCUGCGCCUCGCCUCAGCUUCCAAUUGCCUACAUCGCCAAAAGACGCCUGUCACUCUCCCACCAGCACGGCAAACUUUAUUUUUUCGAAGAACAACAAGAGAGUGGUGAUAGAGACCAAGCCACAGGGAGACAUUUCUACAACGGAGAUUAAUGAGACAGAGUUGAUAAAGAAAGUAAAGAGGCCACCACCUGUUGCAAAGAAACCUAAAACAAAGGCCAUGGAUGCAGAAGGCAGUGAUGCAGCACAACCAGAGAGCAUCAUGGAUUCAGCGGAAAAAAGGCAUGACUCAGCAACAGGUAUUGCUGAAGGAGAGACAUGAUCCUUCCACAAGAAGACGAGAUGGUUUCACUGCAAGUUGUGAGAUGACAAGAUGUCACUUUGAUGCAAAUGGUGUGGGUCUUUUUCUCCAGCGGACAUGUAACUUUGUAACUCAGUAUGUUUUCUUCGUUCUCAGCUUUACUGGUGCGAGAGAAAAGUACUGCCUCCUGCUCUUUGAAAUCGAUUGUACCGUAUGUCCUGCUGAAUCAAUGUGGGAUCAAAAUUCCAACAACGGGACUUAAGGGCGCUGAGCUGUAAAUAUAGCAUGUUGAUGUCAUUUACCAAAGACGUUUCCAAAAACAUGUGACAGAAAAUGAAUCUUAAGUUAUUUUUGCUGUUGAAAACAAAAGAGGGUCCCAACAGAUGUAAGUUGUGACUAAUAAAUCAAGUGUUUAUGCAUAGCUCUUAUAUUAAUGUGUGUUCUUUUCUCACAAAUUCACUGUCACCCUUUCAUUUAAGGUUGUGUUCAUGACCCAUAAUGUAAUCUGGGGUCAGUAAAUGACGAGUUAUACUGAAAUUCCUUUAGAACACAUUUUUUGCUGCUUUUGGCUCAAAUAGUGGGAUAUUUCUGCUUUGAACCCUAAUUCAGAGACUAAUGUAAUAAAUCAUGUAUAAAAAGGAAAGAAUAAAGAUUUAUGGACACUAA